AUGGGCAGAUCGUCGGAUGAAAUUUGGGCGAGAUGCAGCGUUCUUCGAUCUACUGAUGCAGCCGCCCACUUGGGCCCUCAAUUUGGGGUGUGUUGGCAGGGUCUCUCUUUUUUUUCUUUUCGACGUGAAGAGACAGAAGAUCAGCCGCACUACAAUCCAGGCCUAGCGAGCCAGCCACCUCAAAAUGGACUCUGUAUACCUGCCCAGUUCAAAGAAUGGUUUUGGUAUGCAGAAAAAAGGUGUUUAACCGUGCAUAUACUGUUCCCUGUUUUUACCCAGAUGAGGUGGUUUCUCGCGGGUGCAUAUACUCGAGGCAAUCCACGAAUGAUUCUGGGCGUGCUCGUCGGUGCCUUCGUCGUAGGCACCGGCCUCUCUGUCUGGCAAACAGUCUCGCUUCAUUCAACCCGAUCCCCAGCCCCGGCCUGCUCCCCUAUCAGCGGGAACCAAGAUAUGUACGGCCUGGGGAUCCGAAUUGGCGUCUACCUGCAACUGCUCUCCACGGCCUUCGUGGACUCGUUCGGUCAUCCGGAAGAUGCAGCGGCCCUGGGCCCGACGAAUCUCUGGUUUCUGAUCGCCUUGUUUGUCGCGUUGGUCAGCACAACGUGGGCCAAUGCGGCGGGAGGAUUGCAGGUCGUCGAACAGUACAUCGUCAUCGCGCUGGGCAACGGCAUCAGCUUGACCUUACUCAACGGCACGCUGAGGUUGCAUCCGGAGGAGCUCGCCGAGGGUAGUCUGGCGGCGCUGUCCCGGUUCCUGAUCUGGGGGAUGUGGAAGGUCUAUACGGCCGACUUCUGGUGGAGGACCGUGGGCACGAUGCCACCGUCCCCAGACGGAUGCCCGGCAGUCGGAUGGUUCUUCAGCGCCGUCGAGCUCACCGGCUGGUUUCGGACGCUUCACAAGGUCUUCAAUCUGGUCGAAUGGCUGGCAUGGGGGAUCGGGGUGUUUCCGUAUCCGUUUGCAUCAUCCUGCUGA